UAAUACUUCACAAAUAAAACACCUCUAGAACAUUGAAACUUCGAUUGUUCAGCUUCAGACUUUCAAUGAUUUUAUUCCAAAAAACUGUGGUUUUCUCACUUUUUGCAUUCGCUACUUCGCUGAUUUUAGAGAGCGAAGACGUUCGGGAUUGUGUCAAAUGGAUUUGUUCGGACGCUUUGAAAACUCCAGACGGCUGCAUUAAAAGAAUUAAAUACGUUCCGGUCGAUGGGCCCGUUGAAAUCGGGAAGACUUGUUUUUCAGAAUCUAUAAAAAGUGUCUGUAGAAUAUUGAAAACCAAGGAUACUGAGAAGAAUUACAAUACGUUUCUCGAUGAUAUUACCAAAAUAACAGCAAAUGAAUCCGAUUGCUAUGAUCCUUUUAAUGUAUUCAAACAAUGUAGAUUGGUCCAAUUUGGGCGAAAUGCCCUCCAAAUGCUUGUGGAUUAUAACUAUCCUAAUAAAAAUGUUGAUGCUAAACAUGUUGCAAAAAUAAGCAAACAAUGUCAAAUAGUUAAGAAUUUAACUGAUCACUGUACACCAUUUGAUUCAUCCGUUGACUUCAUCGUUGAAGGCUGUGACGUCAUUAACCUGAAACAAACUUCGUUCAUGGAUUGCCUGUCAAAACUGCGUAAAACUAACCCGAAUCUGUCGAAAUACACAUGUGAGAAUUUUGAUAUUCAAACCAAAAACAUAACUACUCUCAAAAGAAUAUUCACUGCCGAUAAAUGGUGUAUGGAAUGGAUUAUGAGGAAGCAUUGUGGAGAAUCGUCUGUAGUGGAUUUCCAGAAAAAUGCAGCAACGUUUGUGAUUAAUAUUAAUACUACUCUCAGCUUUUUCUCUGGUUAUAAUUCUAUAUGAUUGUGUUGAAUACAUUUGAAAU